UAUAAGUGCGAAAAAAUGAUGAUUGGAGUAACAUGGCUGCUGUUGGGUGCGGCGCUAGCACUGUUUUGGGCAUAUUCGUGGUGGAAACACAGAUUCUGGGCAAGUAAAGGCGUGCCCACUCCGCCUAUGGUCCCCUUCCUCGGUCAUGCACAUAAAUUGCUUCUCCCAGAUAAAAGAUGUAUCUUUGAAAAAGAGGCCUACUUCACUUAUGGUGGAUCAAAGUUAUGCGGUUUCUACUCCUUCCACGAGCCAAUGUUAUUGGUGGGCGAUCCAGAACUCAUGAGGCACAUUUACAUAAAAGACUUUGACCACUUUAUGGAUAGAAGGACAUUAAAUAUGCCGAGUGAGAAGGACAAAGUAAUGGCCAACAUGUUGUCUCUGAAAACAGGCGAAGAGUGGAAGAAACUGAGAGCCAUCAUGUCUCCCACGUUCACCUCAGGCAAAAUGAAGGGGAUGUUCCCGCUCGUGUGCAAAAAGGCCGACCAACUCGUCUCCUUCUGCUUGAAGGAAGCACGCACGAAGCCCUUUGUCGACAUGAAGUAUAAUUUUGGCCGCUUCACAAUGGACACAAUUGCUUCCUGUGCCUUUGGUAUUGAAUGCAAUUCACUUGUGGAUGAAAAGCCAGAAUUUGCUGAAAAGGUUGAUACUUUUUUCAAAAUUACACCGGGAAUGAUAUGGAGACUUAUUUUCCUGAGUGUAUUUCCUAAACUUGCCAAAAUAUUUGAUAUGAGAUUUUCAGUACCAGCAACUGAUUUCUUUACGGAAGUUGCCCAGGAGACCAUGCGAGCGAGGCAAAGUGGAAAUAAAAGAGGAGACUUUUUGGAUCUCUUGCUAGAGGCAGAAAUCUCCACUGGCGAUGCCGAAGGAGUCCAAGCAAUGCAAGACGGCAAUAAAUCAUCCAAGUCUAAGCAAGCACUGGAUGAACUUACCAUCAUCUCCCAAAGUGUCAUGUUCCUGGUCGCCGGUUACGAUACCACGGCCUCCACGCUGGCCUUUGCGUCCAUCCUACUUGCCAAGCACCCAGAGAUCCAGCAACGCCUUCGUCAGGAGAUCAGUGAAAUGGUCGAGGAACACGGCGACAUAACCUACCAGGGGAUUAUGGAAGCCAAAUAUCUUGAUGCUUGUGUCAUGGAAACCCUUCGCAUGUACCCACCGGGGCUUUUCCUGGAGCGCAAGUGUAUAAAGGAAUACAAGAUCCCUGGCACGGAUGUGACCAUCGAGCCUGGCUUAAUAGUGACAUGCCCGAUCUUCAACAUCCAACGGGACCCGAAGUACUGGCCUGAGCCCGAGGAAUUUCGCCCCGAGCGCUUCCUGCCGGAGAACAGGGCGAACAUCACCAACCUCACGCACAUUCCCUUCGGAAUCGGACCCAGGAACUGUAUAGCUAUGAGAUUUGCCCUCAUGGAAACCAAAGUAGGUCUGGCCAAGAUGCUUCUUGCCUCGGACAUGAAGUUGGCACCGGGACACGAAGAGAUUAAGACUGACUUUGGCCUAGGUUUACUGCGGCCAAAAGACGGGGUUAACCUUCUCUUGACACCUUUGAAAGAAGAGUAAAAAAGAAAUGUUUUUCCCACAGAAGACAAGGUCAAGAUUGAGAUAGGGCAGAAAGGAAGAAAACGUAUACCGUGCCUUAUCAGUUAUGGGUUCCUGCACAUUAGGAGGCAUUUGUCUGAAAUCUGUAUGUUGCAUACAGUCUUUUUCAAUCUUCCUCUACUUGCUAGCUACUAAUGUAUCUCCAUUCUACCACCAGCAUGAAGGUAGAGUUAAAGUAACACGUAAAAUAUAUUUCUCCAGACAGAAGAAAUCUAAAUUCCAGUUCAACAAUAAUUCUACGCCUGUUAGAAUGCAAACAUAAAGAUUAAAAUUGCUUAACCCAUCAGUACUUCUUAUGUAUAUUUUCUUUUACAGUAAAUCAUAUACUGCAGUAACCUACUCGUAGCCAUAGUUGGAAACAAUGCUUUUUUUUCUAUUAAUAAAAUCAUAGUUAAUUUCUUCGUUAAAUGAUAUCGGUGCCAAAAGAAGUAAUAAAAGAGGCAAUUGACCAAACUGUAAAACAUCGGAUAGAUAUAUCAUUAUUGACAUUUCUAUAUUUAUAAAUGGGGCUAUAUUUAUAAAUGGGGCGUCCUCCAAUAAAAUAUAGUAAUAAGAGAAAAAUAGUCAUGCCUACCUCUAACUCUUUCGAGCUGACAUAAAAAAUAAAUGCCAAUUAUUUUAUCUUUAUUAGAGUUGAUUUCCGUUCCGUUCGCUUUGACGAGGAAGCCAAAAACGAGAUUUAUGAAUUUGUUUAGUCAGGUUUUUAUGAGUACAAGAUAACAAAAACUGAUAGGUGUCUAUUAUAGGUUAUAAGAUGAUUAAGUAAAUUCGUUCUGGUGUGGACGAAUCUUAAAGUGAUACAAGUAAUACUUGUAAUGAGAAAUAAAGAUAUGGAACAAGUUCUUUA